AUGCACAGAGUUGGGUUAGGGCUCAGGCUGCUGCUGCUGCUGUGCUGCACGGCGGUGUGUGUGUCUGCGAUGAGGAGAGAGUACUAUCUCAAAAUAGAGGAGAUAAACUGGAACUACGCUCCGUCUGGGAUGAACGUCAUUCAGAACCACACACUGCAGGAAGACGAAGAAGCCGCAGUCUUCCUGGUGAAAGGCCCCCAGCGUAUCGGCCCCAUCUACAAGAAGGCUGUGUACAAGCAGUACAGCGACGCCACCUACAGCACAGAGGUGGUGAAGCCGGCGUGGCUGGGCUACCUGGGACCCCUGCUGUCCGCUGAGGAGGGUGACACAGUGGUGAUCCACCUGAAGAACACGGCAUCCAGAGCUUACAGCAUCCACCCACAUGGACUCAGCUACAGCAAGGGAAACGAGGGGGCCUGGUACCCAGACAGUACUGAUGCAGAGCAGAAGCGGGACGACUGGGUGGCUCCUGGGACGACGGUAAUGUACGAGUGGACCCUCCCAGAGUCCCACGGCCCUGCAACCGAGGACGGCAACUGCCUCAGCAGAUUCUACCACUCACAUGUCGCUUCUCCCAGAGACAUCGCCUCAGGGCUGAUAGGACCCCUCAUCACCUGUAAGCCAGGAACUCUGGACCUGCAUGGCGACAGGACAGGAGACUAUCUGUACGCUCUCAUGUUCAUGGUAUCAGAUGAAAACUUCAGCUGGUACCUGGACGACAACAUCAGGACACAUAUCCCCCACCCUGUCAAUGGUCUGAAGGAUGAUGAGGAUUUCAUAGAGAGCAACAAGAUGCAUGGUAUAAAUGGCUAUCUGUAUGGUAACCUGCCUGGGCUGAGUGUGUGCCAAGGCAACAAAAUCCACUGGUAUUUAUUCGGAAUGGGCAAUGAGGUGGACUUGCACUCAGUUCACUUCCACGGGCAGAUCCUGACCAGCGAGAAGCGUCACACAGACACGAUCAGCCUCUUCCCCGGCACCAGCGCCGCGGCAGAGAUGGUCGCUGACAACCCUGGACACUGGCUGCUGUCCUGCAGCGUUAAUGACCAUCUCAUGGCGGGCAUGCAGGCUUUGUUCGAAAUCAAGAAGUGUUUCCCCAAUGUCCAUAAGCCCCGCCCACACGGUGAGCUCAGACAGUUCUUCAUCGCUGCAGAGGAAGAAGUCUGGGAUUACGCUCCUGUACAGUCUACUGAUGGCGAGGCUGAGACAUAUCUAACCAAAGGUCCCAACCGCAUCGGCAGCCGAUAUAAAAAGGUCCGCUACGUUGAGUACACUGACAACACCUUCCUGACCAAGAUGCUGCGCAGCCCAGAGGAGGAACAUCUUGGAAUUCUGGGUCCAGUGCUGCGAGCUGAGGAGAAGGACACUAUCAGGGUGGUGUUUAAGAACAAGGCUGGCCGGGCUUACUCCAUUCAGCCACACGGUGUCCAGUACAGCAUAGAGCAGGACGGGACACUCUAUCACAAUGAACUGGAAGAGUCCUACACGGCUAAGAAACUGCGUGAGCUGAGGAGGGAACCAAGGGUGGUGACGCCUCCCCCGGCGGCUCUGGUCAAACCAGGCACGGUGUACACCUACGAGUGGACGGUGCCGGUGGAUGCUGGGCCAGUAGAAGGGGAUGCUGACUGUCUGACUUACCUCUACUACUCUGCGGUGGAUCCCGUCAAAGACACCAGCUCCGGACUGGUCGGACCCCUCCUCAUCUGUCGGCCUAACACCCUGAAGAAGGGAGUGCAGAAAAACUACGAUAAAGAGUUCCACCUCCUGGCUACAGUGUUCGACGAGAACUUGAGCUGGUAUCUGGACGACAACAUUAGGACCUACACCACCGCUCCCAACACUGUCAACAAGGAGGACGAGGACUUUAUAGAGAGCAACAGGAUGCACGCCAUCAACGGCUUUUUGUAUAGGAACCUUCCAGGCCUGACGAUGUGUAAGGGGGACAAAGUGUCGUGGCACCUGUCAGGUCUGGGCUCGGAGCCGGACAUCCACAGCCUUUAUUUCAACGGGAACCGCUUCAUCUACCGGCAGAACAGACGAGACAGCAUCAGCCUGUUCCCUCACAUCUCACACACUGUCACUAUGGAGCCGGAUAGCAUGGGUGAGUUUGAGGUGGCGUCUGCUACAGUGAACGACUACACCGGCGGGAUGCGAGCCAACUACACGGUGAAGAAGUGCAGCAUCUUUCACCGGCAGAGCGAGACCAUGUUCCACUCCAAAACCUACUACAUCGCCGCCAUGGAAAUGGAGUGGGACUACGCUCCGAACCGCACCUGGGAGACAGAGAUGUUCAGGGGACUACAUGACAGCCCUGCCCCGAUAUAUCUAGACAAGCAGAAUAAGUUUAUUGGUGGUCGUUACAAGAAGGUGGUCUACCGCCAGUUCACCAACGACAAGUUCACCACACAGGUGCAAAGACCUCCUGAUAUGGAGCACCUCGGCAUUAUAGGUCCUAUGAUCCAUGCUGACGUGGGCGAUAAGGUGAAGAUAGUUUUUAAGAACAUGGCGACCAGAGCGUACUCCAUCCAUGCCCACGGAGUAAAGACAGAAAGCCCCGAUGUCCACCAGACCCAACCAGGGGAGACUCACACAUACUACUGGUAUGUUACCAAGGCAACAGGGCCAACCCAAGAACAGGAGGAGUGCGCUGUUGGGGCGUACUACUCUACUGUUGAUGUCACCAAGGACCUGUACAGUGGUCUGAUUGGUCCGUUGGUGAUCUGCCGCCGUAGCUGGGCCAGGAGUCUGGGUCUGAAGAAGGAAGUGGAGGAGUUUGCCCUGCUCUUCAUGGUGUUUGAUGAGAACAAGAGUUGGUACCUGGAUGAAAACAUCAGGACCCAGAUCAGGACUCCUGCCAGAAACCUGAAAGAAGAUGAAGAUUUUAUAGAGAGCAACAAAAUGCACAGUAUUAAUGGUUUUGUGUACGCUAACCUAAAUGGUUUGAACAUGGAAGUGGGUGAUAAGGUGUACUGGUAUCUGAUGGGAAUGGGCAAUGAAGUGGACUUACAUGGUGCACACUGGCACGGCCACAGCGUCGAAUAUAAGUUGGGUGGAGGCCCUCAUCGCACUGAUGUCUUUCAGCUGUUUCCAGCCACUUUCCAGACAGUGAAGAUGCGUCCGCAGUAUCCUGGUACUUGGCUGCUCCACUGUCACGUCAUUGACCACAUCAAAGGUGGCAUGCAGGCGCUGUAUACUGUCACUGAAAAAGCAAGAGGAGGCAGAUUUUUGGGAUGAACAACAGAGGGAAGUGGAUCAGUGUCUCGGGAGAAGGAAAAGAAAAACGUUAACAGAGUAGGAUCAGUCCAAAGAUAAUUUCACUGACUAUAAUCCCUCUCAGGUUACAAUGAAAUAGGAUUACCAGUCACACACGUUUAACAAAGACCCCUAACGCUUGGAUUUUAUAUUGAAAUGUUGCCUUACACCUUUUAUGUUUUCCAAAUGUCUCACAAGAAAAUGUGUAAAAUGUCUUUUUCACUUGAAAUAAAACCAAA